AUGGAGACACCAUCUACAUCUGCUACAACAUCAACAAGCACAUGUGAGAACUGUCAAUGUAUCGGUGGUACCUGUGAAUUCAACGUGACACUUAGAAGAUGUCUCUGCCACUGUCAAGAGUUUGUUUUUGGAGAUGUCUGCUCUCUUGGAAUGAAUGACACAAAAGCUCAUGUUGAUACUGGAGCAUUACCAACCCGAAAGUCUAAUUUCACUCUGGAAAUCAGUGUCACUUUUCAGCCAGCUUUUAAUAACCUGAGCUCACCUCAAUCAUUAGAAUUCAUCAAGACAUUAGAAAAACAGCUUGAAGCCCUUUGCAGAGAAGCAGAUCCACAAUCGUUUAAAGAAGUACAAGUCAUCAAGUUGUCAGAAGGAAGUGUUGUUGCGGAGAGCGUGGCAGUGUACAACUAUCUGAACAAUGAAACUCAAAUCGACUUUGUCAACAAUCAGCUUGAAGGGGUGCUGACAAAUAUCUUGAAUGAUACAAAAAACCUCAAAAACAUUUCUAAGGCCUUUAAUAAUUCAGCUGUGGAGUUGAAUGGAGUCACUUUCCAGUCACCUAAUGUCACAAAUAUCACAGAUCUGGAGCCUUUCAUAAACUGCUCUAGGUUUGCUAAUUACACAACAGAGAUUGUUAACGGUCAAUGGCAGUGUGCUGGACCGUGCAAAACAAACCCUGAUUACUGUCAACAUGGACAAUGUUUCAAUGACAUUAACAAAGGACCAAUUUGUAUAAAUGAAACAACACCAAUGAGCACCAGCACAACUACAUUUCCAUUAACAAGCCAGGAAACGUCAACAAGAACGAUGUCUUCUUCAACUGAGACACCAUCUACAUCUGCUACAACUAACUGGCACCAGCACGACUCAGCUGCCAUUAACAAGCCAGGAAACAACUACAACAAUGUUGUCUUCAUCAACGGAGACACCAUCUACAUCUGCUUCAACUGUGACACCAAAAGUAACAUCUAUAUUAACAGCCUCAAUGUCAUUACUCACCACCAGCACCAGCACGACUCAGCUGCCAUUAACAAGCUUGGAAACGACUACAACAAUGUUGUCUUCAACAAUGGAGACGCCAUCUACAUCUGCUACAAUACCAACAAGCACAGUGAAUACUGGACCAUUACCAACGUCAAAGGCUUUGACAUCGGUGGUACCUGUGAAUUCAACGUGACACUUGGAAGAUGUCUCUGCCACUGUCAAGAGUUUGUUUUUGGAGAUGUCUGCUCUCUUGGAAUGAAUGACACAACAGCUCAUGUUGAUACUGGAGCAUUACCAACCCGAAAGUCUAAUUUCACUCUGGAAAUCAGUGUCACUUUUCAGCCAGCUUUUAAUAACCUGAGCUCACCUCAAUCAUUAGAAUUCAUCAAGACAUUAGAAAAACAGCUUGAAGCCCUUUGCAGAGAAGCAGAUCCACAAUCGUUUAAAGAAGUACAAGUCAUCAAGUUAUCAGAAGGAAGUGUUGUUGCGGAGAGCGUGGCAGUGUACAACUAUCUGAACAAUGAAACUCAAAUCGACUUUGUCAACAAUCAGCUUGAAGGGGUGCUGACUAAUAUCUUGAAUGAUACAAAAAACCUCAAAAACAUUUCUAAGGCCUUUAAUAAUUCAGCUGUGGAGUUGAAUGGAGUCACUUUCCAGUCACCUAAUGUCACAAAUAUCACAGAUCUGGAGCCUUUCAUAAACUGCUCUAGGUUUGCUAAUUACACAACAGAGAUUGUUAACGGUCAAUGGCAGUGUGCUGGACCGUGCAAAACAAACCCUGAUUACUGUCAACAUGGACAAUGUUUCAAUGACAUUAACAAAGGACCAAUUUGUAUAAAUGAAACAACACCAAUGAGCACCAGCACAACUACAUUUCCAUUAACAAGCCAGGAAACGUCAACAAGAACGAUGCACCAGUACCACUCAGGUGCCAUUAACAAGCCAGGAAACAUCUGCAACUAUGUUGUCUUCAACAAUGGAAACACCAUCUACAUCUGCUACAACUGUGACACCCUCGGCAACAAAUGCAUUAACAGCCUCAACGUCAUUACUCACCACCAAUGA